ACAGGACUUGGGUAGCGAGAGGCAGGUGGAAUGAGGAGGAACCGGGCUCUGCUCCGCCGUUAGCCUGCCGCCCCGCCGCCCCCGCCCCUGCCCCCGCCCCGGCCGUCAAUCGCCGCGCCACGGCCGGUCCCUGCGGCUAUCCCCCACACCUGCUUCUCCACAGGCACCGUACCACCCCAUGGCGUGAUCCGAUGAUAGCAACAAGAGCGCGCCUUCCUCUCUCCCUGACGGCGUCGUCCACCCCGCACGGCGCGCGCACCAAGAAGAGGAGGAAGCCAUGUCCCCCAACCUGGACAGCGCCAUCAAGACCCAGGUGCCGGCGCUGCUCCUGAGGAGCCUCUUCGGCGCGGGGCGGCGGGAUGAGGCCAAGCAGCCUGUGGGGAGGCGGCGGGUGUUCGUGCAGACGGAGACCGGCUGCGUGCUCGGCAUGGACCUGGACCGCGGGGACAGCGCGCACACCGUCAAGCGCCGGCUGCAGCUCGCGCUCAACGUGCCCACUGGUGAGACCUCGCUCACGUUCGGCGACCGCGUCCUGGAGAACGACCUCUCCUUCAUACGGCCCGACUCGCCGCUGCUGCUCACCCGGAACAUCAUCAACCGGAGCUGCUCCACCCCGUGCCUCUGCCCGGUCUCCAAGGACUUCGAGCAAAAGGACUGCAGUGGCCUGGUUGAGAUACUCGGGUGCUCGAGCAGCUGUGCUCAGGUGAAGCGCCUUGUGGACGACGUGGUGAAUGCCAUCAGGAGCGGCGUGGAUCCGGUCCCUAUUGACAGUGGCCUUGGUGGCUCAUACUACUUCAGGAAUGUCGUCGGCGACAGGGUUGCCAUUGUGAAGCCGACGGACGAAGAGCCGUUUGCUCCAAACAACCCGAAGGGGUUCGUCGGUAGAGCGCUUGGACAGCCGGGACUGAAGAAAUCUGUGCGAGUAGGAGAGACAGGGUUCAGGGAGGUUGCGGCAUACCUGUUGGACCAUGAAAAUUUUGCCAAUGUUCCCGCGACGGCGCUGGUGAAGAUAACACACACUGUUUUCAAUAUAAAUUGUCCGGUGAAUGGCGGGAAUCCGGCAACAGCUCAUGACCAGAAGCAGCAAGUUAACAGCAAGAUUGCUUCGUUCCAGCAGUUCAUCGCCCAUGACUUCGACGCCAGCGACCAUGGCACGUCGAGCUUCCCUGUUGCUGCUGUUCAUAGGAUCGGCAUACUAGAUAUCAGAAUUUUCAACACUGACAGGCACGCCGGUAAUGUGCUGGUGAGGAAGUUUAAUGGUGGCACAGGCCGCUUCGGUUGCCAGACAGAGUUGUUCCCAAUUGAUCAUGGCAUGUGCUUGCCGGAGAACUUGGAGGACCCUUAUUUUGAGUGGAUACACUGGGCGCAGGCGUCGAUUCCAUUCUCUGAGGAAGAGCUCGAGUACAUCAGAAAUCUUGAUCCAACGAAGGAUGUGGUGAUGCUGCGCAGAGAACUUCCCAUGAUACGUGAGGCCUGCCUACGUGUCCUGGUCCUGUGCACAAUCUUCCUUAAGGAGGCUGCAGCUUUCGGGCUUUGCUUGGCAGAGAUAGGCGAGAUGAUGACCAGGGAGUUCCGAGCGAUGGAGGAGGAACCAAGCCAGCUGGAGGUUGUCUGUAUGGAGGCCAGGAGGAGAGUAGCAGAGUGGGAGCCAUUCUCUCCCGCAGCUGAACAAGGAGAGGACACUGAUUUUCAGUUCUCCAUGGACAUGUUAGGAGAAUACAAUGAUGUAAUUCGAUCACCAAGGUUCAAUGGCUCAGGCAUGAAGGGGUCUAGUUUCAGGAGCCCUCUGUCAAAGCUUGUGGAAAGUGUCAACGAGGGCAAUGACGAUCAUGAAGAUCGAUACGAGUGUGAUAGAGUUUUUUAUGCUGGAUUGAAUACUCCCAGUGUUCCUAGCAAAACUACAGGCCAGAAUGGCAAUACUACAAGAAGUGCCAUGAACAGGAGUGCGGAUGAACAGCUUCCAUCAAGUAUGGGCUUUGUCAGGCUGUCAGACAUGAGUGCAGAGGAGUGGAGUCUCUUCCUCAAAAAGUUCCAGGAGCUUCUGAAAGAAGCGCUGCACGAGCGCGCAAGGGUAGCUGCAGGUCAGAGGAUGAAGCAACGGCUGGGCACUUCAUGCAAAUUUUGAGUAGGGCAAUAGCGCAGCAGAAAAGAAAGUAUGUAUUGCUACUUGUAGAGUGAGUACGGGGCGAAGAUAUCAUCAAUUUAUCAUGAGACACCUUCAACUUUGUGCUACGAUCUGGGAUGUAACUGUUAUGAUCAUCAGAUAGAUAGGAUCAAAAGGAUAGUGAUGGGUGUGGAGAACUGCUACGCAUGUUUAUUAACUAUGUUUAAGAAGGGUAAUGCUUAAUAAUAAAUGCUUGUCAGCCUGUGUAUAUUGGGUUGAUGCUAGA